CGAUGUCUGGAAGGAGGGAGAGGUAUCACUUCUCUUUCCUCCGCAUUCUGUUGCCUCCUCUCCAGGCAGCGUCCUUGAACCUCUCACUCCCUGCUCCACACACACCCCUCACCCAGCACAGGAUGGACCCCCUGCCUCUGCUCCUCUACCUGUGCGCAGUGCUGGCACCGAGCCGUGGAUUCAGUGUGGAUGUGGAGGGACCCAUCACCUUCCAUGAGGCAGCAGCAGGGUUCGGGCAGAGCGUGGUGCAGUUCGGGAGAGCCAGUGCUGGGGGGCUGAUCGUUGGGGCCCCGCUGCAGAUGGGAGGCGUGAAUGAAACCGGCAAAGUCUACAAGUGUGACCUGGGCUCCAGCCGCUGCCAGGAGAUCCCCAUCCAGAGGCCCCCCGAUGCCAUGAACAUGUCCCUUGGUUUGUCUCUGGCUGCCCGAGGCUCCCAGUUCCUGGCAUGUGGCCCCACAGUGCACCGGGCCUGCGGGAAGAACAUGUACGUCAAUGGCUACUGCUUCCUUCUGGACCAGAGCCUCCGGCAGCUCCAGUGCAUCCCAGACACCCAACCAGAGUGUCCCAAACAUGUCACGGACAUAGUGCUCCUCAUUGACGGCUCGGGCAGCAUCAGAUCUCAUGACUUUUCAAAGAUGAAGACGUUUCUCUCUGAGAUCAUGAAGCGUUUCCUCAGCACCGACACGCAGUUCGCCCUCAUGCAGUACUCCAAUAAAUUUGAAUUGCACUUUGACUUCACGGAGUACAGGAGAAGUCGCGACCCCGAUCGCCUUGUCCAGGGGGUUGAGCAGCUUCAUGGAACGACGCGCACGGCCAGCGCCAUCCGGAAAGUGGUGCAGGAGCUGUUCACCUCUGGGAGAGGUGCUCGGGAUGAAGCCACCAAGGUUCUCAUUGUGAUCACAGAUGGGGAGAAAUACAAAGACCCGCUUUCUUAUUCAGACGCCGUCCCCGAGGCUGAGAAAGCUGGAAUCAUCCGCUAUGCCAUUGGGGUCGGACAGGCCUUCUCCAGUGAUACUGCCCAACAGGAGCUCCAUGUGAUCGCCUCUGAGCCCACCAACGAGCACGUCUUCCGGGUGGACAGUUUCGACGCCCUCCAGGGCAUCCAGAGCCAGCUGCAGGAGAAGAUCUUUGCCAUCGAAGGCACCCAGUCCCAGAGCGGCAGCUCCUUCCAGCUGGAGAUGUCUCAGGAAGGAUUCAGCUCCCUGCUGUCCCCUGACGGGCCUGUGCUGGGAGCGGUGGGAGCCUAUGACUGGUCCGGUGGGAUAUACCUGUACGGGAGCAGCAGGAAGCCGAGCUUCAUCAACGUAUCCAGAACCUCCACUGACAUGAAUGAUGCUUACCUCGGUUAUUCGUCUCAGGUCAUCACAGCCAAUGGGCAGAGCAGCUACGUGGUCGGGGCCCCUCGCUACCAACACACCGGCAAAGUCUUCCUGUUCAGCCGAGAUACCAAGGGCGGGGAAUGGACACCCAGAUCGGAGGUGUUGGGAGAGCAGGUCGGCUCGUAUUUCGGGGGUACGCUGUGCACUGUGGACCUCGACAGAGAUGGGAACACGGACCUGGUUCUAAUUGGAGCCCCCAUGUACUAUACACCUCUGAAUGGAGGACGGGUCUAUAUCUGCCUGAUUAACUGGCCGGGGGCGAUGUUGAUGUGCACCAAGACACUGCAAGGACAGACGGGUCAGGCAUUCGGGCACUUCGGGGCCAGCAUGUCCGAAAUCGGGGACAUCAGCGGGGACGGAUGGACGGACGUGGCCAUCGGGGCCCCAAUGGAGAAUAACAAUAGAGGGGCCUUGUACAUCUUCCAUGGGGAAAAGGGAGGCCUCAGUCCCCAGUACAGACAGCACAUCGAGGGGUCGCUGUUUCCCAGCAGGCUGCACUACUUUGGCCAGGCUGUCAGUGGCGGGACAGAUCUGACAGGGGAUGGGCUGCCAGACAUCGCGGUGGGGGCACAAGGGCAGGUCCUGCUGCUGAGGUCCCGGCCGGUGCUCAGAGUCAGGGUCUCCAUCAACUUCCAGCCCCCCACGAUCCCCACCUCGGCCUUCAACUGCCAGGGGAAGGAGCAGCUCAACAUGGAGGCCAGCAGGGCAGAGGUCUGCUUCACCGUCACUAAGAGCACCAUGGACAGCCUAGGCAACAGGAUCUCCAGCACCAUCCAGUACAGCCUGGCCCUGGACCCCGGGCGGACGAAGAUCCGAGCCACCUUCUACUCCACCGGCCCCGUCCUGAGCAGGGAGCUGCAAUUUGGCAUCGAGACAAGAUGUGAGACGUACCAGAUAACGUUACCUCUCUGCCCAGAGGACACCCUGACCCCCAUCACCCUGCGUCUCAACUACACCCUGACGGGGGAGCCCAUCGCUGCCACCAGCCGCCUCAGACCCAUCCUGAGUGAGGACUCUGUGCCAGUGUCUGCAGGCUCGCUCCCGUUUCAGAAGGACUGUGGCACGGAUGGCCGUUGCGAUGACCAGUUAGAAAUCUCCUUCAAUUUCUCUGGCUUGGGCACCCUGGUGGUGGGGGUCACCCCAGAACUCAACACCACCAUCUCCAUCCAGAAUCACGGGGAGAAUUCCUACAGCACCAGGGUGCAGUUCUUCUACCCGGCUGCGCUGUCCUACCGCCGGGUCCUGCUACUCCAGUCUAACAGGAGGGCCGUGGCUGUUAAGUGCAGCUCGGCUGUGGGCUCCGAGGAGCAGACUCAGAGGAACAGCACCUGCCACAUCAACCACCCCAUCUUCUGGAGCGGGGCCGAGGCCGUUUUCGUCGCCACCUUCGACGUCUCCUCUGAGGCCGACCUGGGGGACAGGCUGCAGAUCACGGCCAAGGCCAGCAGUGACAAUGGCGGCCCCAUCACCGAGCGCAUGAUGCACCGGGCGGAGCUGCCAGUCAAGUACGGCAUCUUUAUCAUCCUCACCAGCCUCGAGGAGUCGACCAAGUACGUCAACUUCUCCUCCAAGGAGGCAGGUACAAGUGUGCCAGUGACACAUCGGUACGAGGUCAAGAACCUGCGGGAGCGAAGCGUCCCCAUCUCGGUCACGUUCCAGUUCCCCGUGGAGCUGAGCGGGGUCCGGGUGUGGGACGCCUCUGAGGUCGUCCCCUCCAAGCCCCAGCUGGCCCAGUGCACCAGUGAGGUGGGAACGACCAAUUCAAAGGACUUUGUGAAGCACCUGAGCGAGCGCCCCCUGCUGGACUGCUCCGUGGCCACCUGUAAGAAGAUCCGGUGCAGAAUCGCCACCCUGGAAAUGCAGCAGCCGCUGGAGUUCAUGAUCAAAGGGAACGUCAGCUUCCAGUGGGUCUCCCAGACUCAGCAGCAGAAAGUGAGUCUGGUGAGCGAGGCCCGGAUUGAAUACGAGGAGGAGAAAUACACCCAGAAGGAGGGAUUCGUCCAGCGCCAGGUGCACACGGUGGUGGAGCGCUCCGAGGUCUAUAACUACCUGCCCAUCGUCGUGGGCAGCAGCGUGGGGGGCCUGGUCCUGCUGGCUCUCAUUACCGCAGCCCUCUACAAGCUUGGCUUCUUCCAGCGCCAGUACAAGCAGAUGAUGGAGGAUGCUGUGGAGAGUGAGGGGCCCAGCCUGACCCAGAGUGCCACUGCUGGAAACCCUUCUGCUUCCGAUGCCCCCGAACAAUAGCCCCCAAUACACCAACGACCCCGGCUUUGCCUCUCUCUGAGCGGCUCCAUAUUCAUCCCCGUCCUCUUAUGUUGCCACCUCCAAGAUGCAGAAAAAUUGGUCACUGGCCACCCUCCCAUGUCCUUUUAUAAUUUUGAUGGAGAACGCUGACGUUUAAAAAAAUGCCUAAAAUAAAGUUCCAUCAGUUUAAAUUUUGAUGUGGAAAAUUAUGGGUUUUAAGCAACUUUUUUUUUCUCUUUUUACCAAUUUAAAUUAUCCAGUUGUGGAAAUUUGUGGGAGAGGGGAGGGAAGUCAGGCCAUACGUGGAGGUCAGACAUUAUUUAAUGGCAGUUGAGGUUGAGAUUCAAAAAGUUAAAGCUUUAUAACUAUGCUGGGAAGGACUGGAUUUUUAUCAGGAAAUGUUGUAUUCUCCACGCACACCAACUGCUCGCAAAAUAUUUCCCUUGCUACUAAUCGAAAUUUGCAGAUCAGGAAAGUAAGAAUAAUGCUACUUGAGAGUUGGAUUUGAGGAAGUUGACUUUGUAUAUUUUGACAUAUGAUGUUAAUAAUUUGUGUUUGAAUAGUUAUAAAGCUUCACCUUUUUAAAAUCAACAGCUGUUGUCAUUACAGAAUUACAGUUUGAUCCCCACAGGAAUUUUCCACAACUGAAAAUUUAAAUCAAUAAAAAUUGAAAAAAAAUGAUUAGAAAUAAACAUCAAUACUGCCUGUGGAAGUUAUUUAAAAAAAUAGCAUUCUGCCAAGACUAUUUAUAACCUUUUUAAAACCACAAAUUGUCAACAUCACAUGUGAAAAUGUACAAAGUAAUUAUCCUGAAAGCAGCCCCAUUGACACCAGCAUCGCCACAAGUUUUCUCCACAGUAAGCUUGCCAGGACCAUUGUUCAUUCUUUGUCUAGCUGCACAUUUGGAUUGUUAUCGAUGGAAACGUUUUGCCAUCAGUUUGUAUGUGUGUGCGGUGAAAGUGAUGGUUGCUGACAAUUACUGCUAAAAAUCUCAUUGUCCCAAGCCUACUUAAAACGCGGUCUAAGUGGACAACAAAAAUGACCACCCAAACCCCCAGCCCCUCUCUGUGUGUUUCUAUGUUGUUAGGAAAUGACAGAUCCUCAGAGCUGCUUGUUCUCCUACCCCGGUGAGCAACAAACAAAUACAUACAAAGGAAGCUCAAACAGGUGAGGAAAAGCCAGCAGAAAAUGUCCUUCCACAUAGACUCUGUGUGCCCUGGUGCCCAGCUGGAAAUGUUUUUCAAGCAUGGGCCUGAAACUAUAAAAAGGAGGGACAAACACCCCAAACCCCUCCCUGCCCAUGGCAUUCACUACACCUGAAGAGAGAAAGGAAGUAUUCAGUGGAUGCAGAGGAAGGGAGCCUGACCUGCACAGUGUGGUCAGGAAGGCUGCUGAGCGCAUGUGGUGAGAAACUUUGCUUGAAUAGGAUAUCGUUUAAGUUAGGCACUAGUAAAUGUUUCAUCUUUAUUUUCUUUGUAACUAUUCCUGACUUUUAUGCCUCAUUUCUUGGACUCCCUUAAAAUCUCUCUCUUUGUAGUUAAUAAACUUUUUUUAUCUAA